GCCACAUCUCACACUCCGCUCAAUGGCCCACGUAUCUGGAGCUCACUAUGCAGCCUUUGUCUCGCCGUCGUCCCGAAAACUCGACAGCAGGUAGCACCCCAUAUAUUCGCCGCAACGCUACCUUGCCACCCGAACCUCCGUCCGCACCAAUAAAUCUGCGCAACGUUAAAGGUGGCGGGACUGCUACACGACUACCGCGAAAUACGUGGUUAGAUGGUUUACCAAGUAUCGACAAUACACUCAUGAACGCUGCUCCCUUGUAUUAUGCAGACUCAUGGACGAGGCGACAAGCAAGUCGCUUUCCCGCCUGAGCUACUCUCCCCAAUCCUAGGGGAGAUGAAACUAAGUCAACUUGAUGGAGCUGGGACCAUACGUGGAGAUGGAAUCAUGACCACUCCAUUUAGUUGCCACCAGUCAACCUAGAGGAUGAAGACGAGAAGUUGUCUGCGCCAUUUAGGCCAGAAUCUGAUUCAAUCCUGUUUUCGCCUUUGGGGCCAAACGACGUGGUCUCUAUGGCCACGCACAGUGGAUCGGAACCUGAGAUGAACAUAUAUAUUAAUAAUGGGCGGCU